AUGGAGGGAGAGAAUGAGGAAAAGGGCCAGAGCAUCGAAAGUGGGAUAACUUUUACUCAGGCCGAAACAGUGACUCAGAGUUGUGGCAAGGACAGCGAUGAGUCACAAAGCCUCCAGGAACCAGAUGAGGAAGACCAGACUGACGGAGGACACUAUGAUGGAGAUGGAGAGCCAAGCCAGGGUGCAGACGAUCAGUGCAGCGGUGCAGAAGUGUUACCAGACAGCACCCUGGUAGCCACAGACACCCAGGACGAUACUGGGUGCCUCCCAUCGUCCUCCCUGCAGACAGAAGAAGAGUUGUCCCCCAUUUCUGUGUUAUCUCAUCCCUCUAACACACAGAAUCACCCACCUGAACCCUGCUGGUACUGCUUGAGGUCUCUUGACUCGGAGUAUCGCCCUGAAACUACAAAACAGCAGGACGACUCUGAUUCGUCACCGCUGCCCUCUAGUGGUCAAAAAGUGAGCUACCAAACAGACCCUCGGCCACACUUUGGUGUAGCUUGGUCGUCCCACUCGCCGUGUCACCCACUGUGGGGAAGCGAGGGGCCCUGCAGGGGACAGAGAAAUCAGGAAGUGCACUAUCAGACACACACCUGUCCACACUGCCAUCUGGACUUGCCCCCUGACACACUACGCUGGCAUGAGGCAAAGUGUCUGCUGUUUGAAGAUCUGAGGAAGUCAAACAAAUAG